AAAGCACAGUUAAAGCCAAGUGCAGACCGGUUUUGGCCAAGACUGAAGAAAGACAAAGUGCCGGAAGAGAAAGCAUUUUCAUCCAGCGAUCACUUGACUUGUUUUUGUUGACGUGUGCAGCACGCUAAGAAAUGCCCCAUUUCAGUUGCAAUUGCUAAAACCUUGAUAAUUAUGGCAGCAAGUGUGGUAAAAACUGCCAAGUGCCCAAGACGAGGGUCUGCCAAAGAUCUGGUUAAAAACACAGCGAGUGCAGGGCUAAAAUCCAGCAAUGAGGCCAAUUGGAAUUGGUUGCUUCUGUUGGCCACGGUCUUCCUGGUGACCUUUGCGACCCGCUUCUACAAGGUGACCGAACCGGAUCACAUUUGUUGGGACGAGACUCACUUUGGCAAGAUGGGCAGUUGGUACAUCAACAGAACCUUCUUUUUCGAUGUUCAUCCACCGCUGGGAAAGAUGCUUAUUGGACUUUCUGGCUACUUGACGGGCUACAAUGGAACGUUUCCCUUUGAGAAACCAGGUGACAAGUACAACGAAACUCGAUACCAGGGUAUGAGAUACUUCUGCACCACUUUGGGAGCUUUAAUCAUGCCGAUGGGAUUCGAUACUGUCUACGAUCUGACGCGAUCCCAUGAAGCUGCCUUGCUUUCGGCUGCCUAUCUUGUUUUUGAUGUGGGUCUCCUGACCCUGAACCAGUACAUCCUUCUGGACCCCAUCCUGCUGUUCUUCAUGAUGGCCUCCGUGUGGGGCAUGGUGAAGAUCUCGAAGUGCACUGCCUCCGGAGGAUCGUAUGGCCUGCGCUGGUGGUUCUGGCUCUUCCUCACCGGCACCAUGUUGUCCUGCACGAUCAGCGUGAAGUUCGUGGGUCUGUUCGUGGUGCUGCUGGUGGGUCUGCACACGGCCACCGAGCUGUGGCUCAUCCUGGGCGACCUGGGGCAGCCCAUUCUGGAGACCGUGAAGCAGGUGGCCUGUCGAGCCAUCACCCUGAUCAUCUGGCCCAUCCUCCUGUACACCCUCUUUUUCUACAUCCAUUUGACUGUGCUCAAUCGCAGCGGCAAUGGCGAUGGCUUCUACAGCUCGGCCUUUCAGUCCAGGUUGAUCGGCAACUCACUGUACAAUGCUAGCAUGCCCAGGGAUGUGGCGUACGGAUCGGUGGUGACCAUCAAAAACCACAAGACGGGCGGCGGUUACCUGCACUCGCAUCAUCACCUAUAUCCCAAGGGAGCUGGUGCCAGACAGCAGCAGAUUACGACAUACACCCACAAGGACGAGAACAACAAGUGGCUGAUCAAGCCACACAACAAGCAGCGUUUGCCCAAGGACAAGCUGCAGAUCCUCCGGCACGGGGACAUCGUCCGGUUGGAACAUGUGGCGACCAGGAGGAAUCUGCACUCACACAACGAACCGGCGCCGGUGACCAAGAAGCAUCUGCAGGUCACAGGAUACGGCGAGUUGGGCGUGGGCGAUGCCAACGAUGCCUGGCGCGUGAUGAUUGUGGGCGGCAAGGUCAACGAAACGGUGCACACGGUCACCUCCCGCCUCAAGCUGAUCCACCUGCUGCAGAACUGCGCCUUGACCUCCAGCGGCAAGCAGCUGCCCAAGUGGGGAUUCGAGCAGCAGGAGGUGUCCUGCAAUCUCAACGUGCGCGACAAGAACUCCCAGUGGAAUGUCGAGGACAACGAGCACAAGCUGUUGCCCAGUGUGAGCUUCAGCGUGUACGCCCCCGGAUUCUUUGCCCGCUUCCUCGAAUCGCACGCCGUAAUGCUGCAGGGAAACGCAGGACUGAAGCCCAAGGAGGGCGAGAUCACCAGCAGACCUUGGCAGUGGCCCAUCAACUACAGAGGUCAAUUCUUCUCCGGCAGCAGUUACCGCAUCUAUCUGCUGGGUAAUCCCCUGAUUUGGUGGAGUAAUCUGGUUUUCCUGGCUAUUUUCGUGGUUGUUUUCCUCUGCAAUGCCGUCGUGCAGCAAAGAAGAGCUGGCUUGGCCCAGUCGUUGGCCCGAAACCGAGUCCAGGAGAGUGAGCCCUCCUCCACUGCGGAGGUGUGCAGCUGUUGUCCUUCGGAGGGGGAGAAAAUCCUGGAGGAGGUGGCCGAUGCGAGUGGGCCACCACCACCCACGCCGGCGAUGUCUUUGCGGGCGGCUGCCUGGCUUUUCGUCGGCUGGGUGCUCCACUACCUGCCCUUCUGGGCAAUGGGCAGGGUGCUCUACUUCCACCACUACUUUCCGGCCUUAAUCUUCAACUCCUUGCUGACGGGCAUAAUGUUCAACUACCUUGUGAGGGUCCUGCCCAAGUGGAUCCAGCACGUUAUCCUAGGAGUGGUUCUCUCGGUUUUGGUCUACAGCUUUGCCGCUUUUUCGCCCCUGGCCUAUGGAAUGAGUGGUCCCCUGGCCAACGAACCCAACUCCACGAUGCACAGCCUCAAGUGGCUGUCCACCUGGGAGUUCUAGUUAUAACAUUCUCUAACGUUCUUUGGGGUUUUAUAGUCACAGAUUUUGUUGAGUUUCUUUUGGAAAUAACCUUUCUUUG